UAAACUAGGUAGUUAAUACUUUAGCACAUUGCUUGUAUUAUAUAUAUAAUUGUAUUUUUCUCUGUAAAAGCAAGUGGCUCCAUCUAGAGGCCUAAAUAUAAAUAAGCUGUGCAGUAAUUCUUUGUUUUUGAAGUUGUGCAAUGGGACAAAGCGACAAUAUUAAUAUCUCACAUUUAUAUCCGUGUAUAUUUUCUAUUUAUCUUAUUCCCCCCGCCCCCCUUUAUAGUUUAUUUAUGUUGUUAUUCAGUCCAGCAUGCGCGUGCACAACUAAACACAAGUAACCUGGACGCGUUACCAUAACAACAGUAAUAAACCAGAAAAUCCGUCACCAUUGGCGACCCCAGUGUCUGUCAUAUCUUUGUUUGUUUUUCCCAAAGAUAUGACAUCUUCGCAGAAUAACCAGAAAGACAUCAAGCCGAUCAUUAUAGACACCAAACAGAAGAGUAGGGCAUCUAAGGACAUGGAUGAUGUCCACCAGGCGCUGAGGGGACUGUCGCAGGAGGAGCAGACUGAGUUACGGAUGCUGCGCUCUAGAAUAGAGGAACAGUCUGGCUUGAUCAGCAUGCUGAAGCAGCGAGCUGAUGAGAUGCUGCUUCGCUCUCAGACUCUAGAACGGUUCAACACCAAGCUGCAGAACCUGCAAGUCAACAUGCAGACAGAACUGCAGAAUGAACGGGAGAAAUCAGAGCAGCAGGAGCAGAGGUUCAAGGACCUUGCUGCCAAUCACAGAGAGCUGAUCAACUUCAAAGAUGAAUAUAAGCAGAAGAAUGUUGAGCUGAUGAAGGAGAACAAGAGAUUGCGAGAGGAGAAUGAAAAGUUGUUUAGCAAAGAGCUGCAAGAGAAAGAGGAGAUCAUUCACAACCUCAGCCAGGAGAUGCAUGACCUCAAUGAAAAACACAGACAAUCAGAAAAAGAAUACCAUGAUAAAGCAACAAUUUCCCAGAUGAAAUUUAAGGAAUUGAUGGAUCUCCAUCAGAGUAAGGAGAUGUCUUUGCAAGAUAAACUUCACAACAUUCAGAAAGAGCUAAAGAAUACACUGGACAUGCAUGCAGAAGUUGCUUUAAAACUUAAAGAAAGCCAGGAACGAGAAACAAUGAAAGAAACAUUGGCAGAAGAGCGAAUAAAGGCACUUACAAAGGAGAAGGAAAAACUACUGGAACUGUCCAUGCAAAGAGGGAAAAUUAUACAGGAUAAACAAGAGGAAAUUCAUGAGUUAGAAAAGAAUAAGGAAAUAGCAGAAAGUGCUAAACAGGAAGCAGAGGACAGGUUUGAAAGAGAAGCUGCAGCAGUGAAUGCAGAGCUGAGAGUAAAGCAGCUUCAGCAUGUUCUACACAAAGCAGAGCAGGCAUACACAGAUCUCAAAAAGGAGUUUGAGGCAUAUAAGAAGUACAGCAGUGACCUGCUGGCACAGGAAAAGGAGUUAAAUGCCAAACUUCGCCACAUGAUCAACUGAGUUCUCUCUCCAUCUUUGUAAAAGCAGUGUUACAAUAACGAGUCCCAAGGAUAGAUAAAUAACCCUUAACCUCCACUAGAGGGCAAGCACACUGCUUGUCCAAUAGUUACGUGUUUAGAUAACAGCUUUGAUAACAGCCGUGUAUAUAGAUACCAAAUAAUAAAUUAAUGCUACCAAAUAAUAAGCCUAAUGUAUAAGCCUUAAUAUGAAAAGUUAGAAAAGGUUGAGUUCAGUUGAUCAUAUACAUGGAGAUUAAGUAGAAUGAAUUAAUACUGUUUUAUUUUUUCUGGACAAAAACUGUAAAUAAAAUGAACUCAUUACUGACUGCUCAAGUUCAGGGUGGAUCUGGAACCAGUCCCUGAAUCACUGGGAACAAGGCAGGAAUUCGCACACACACACACACACACACACACACACACACACACACACACACACACACACACACACACACACA